UAUAAAAAGAUAAUCCAAAGCGUUUUAUUAUUUCUUUCUUGACAGUUGUAGACAGCUUAACAUGGCUCUCAAUAUUAAGUUUUCUAUUGUGAUUGUGGCGUUCGUUGCAGUUUUUCCAACUGGUAACGCAACUGUAUCUGAUGUAGUCACGGAAAUUAUUAAAAGUCACCACAGAGUAAAUGACGCAAUUGUCCAAACAAUCCAGGAAAGACUCCCUCCAAUCCCGCUAGGCCCGAACAGACUGGGAAAAAUCUUCGUUUCCAUUAGACCGGAAAACACCAGUUUUGGAUUGACACCCGAAAGCUUUAGAAAACUUUUUACAUCGAAUUUCGUACUUGAGCAGCCCCCAAGACUGCCCACUUUGUUACCUACCUUCCUGAGAGGUGCAGAAAGAAGCACUCCGGCUACCAACUUGAACGACUUACUACCGACCCGCGUUCCCAAAAUUGAACAAGAAAUACCACCAUUGACAAAAGAGGCUAAACCAGAGAAUAGUCCAAAUACUCUUUUAUUGAGUUCUACCCAAAAGCCUGUAAUUGGAAGAACGGUACCCUCAGUUUCUGUGGAUAUUCCGGAUCUUGACAAAAAGUGAUAUUACGAUAGUGAUGUAAUAUAUUUGUUAAAUGUGAAUAAAAUAUUUUAACGAAAGGAUGUAUUCUACACACGACUUCCACAUAUUAAAAAUAGCAAUGUGA